CGGACAUUUCACGCCGCGCAUUUGCAGCGCGCAACGCGAGUGAGCAAGACAUUUGGCGGAUGUGAUCGCGAAAUUAUUACAAAAUCCAAUGGAAAGGAUUACAAUGACAUCGAUUGCAAAAAGCAAAUGGAUACCAGUUAAUAAACAUGUGACUAUCUAGUAGAAGCCAGUGAUUAAUUAAAUCAAAAAAAUGUGGAAACGUUUGUGCAAAAAUUUAUUUGAAAAUUACUAAGAAAUAGUGAAAGGCCUGUAGCAAAAAAACGAAGAAAACUCGAAUGUCCUGCCAAAGUAUAAAUUAACUGUGGCUUCUACAGAAAAAAUAUAACAAAUUUGUAUUUAAAUUGAAUUGAAUAUAUGCGCAAAAUAUAUGAUAUUUUGUUUCUGAAAAUACAACAAUUUUCAAGUACAAAUUAAGUGCAUUAAAACUAAAAUGAAAUAUUUGCUCGUGCUCUGCGUAUUUACAUAUUUUGCCAAAGAUGCACAAACAUUGCUGCUAAGUAAAAUGGAUUGGAAGAAUUUGCUCAAUAGUGGAGCCUUGGAUUUGAAUGUCUUGCGAUGUAUUUUGCGUGACAAGAACUUUUGUCCAAGUCCACAUAUCGAGCACCGACUGUAUGCACCCAAUGGUCCCCGUAAAGGUAUUCCCCUCAACGUGAAAAACCCCAUGACCCUCUACAAAGGCGGUUUCAGUAAAAAGCGUGAAACUGUGUUCAUAAUUCACGGUUUUAAUGGAACGGCUAUAGAUAUUCACCUGCAGUUCCUCAGGGAUGCCUACUUAUCACGUGACUUUAAUGUGAUCACCGUGGACUGGCGGCCCCUGACCCGCUAUCCCUGCUACCUUCACUCGCUGAUCAACACGCGACUCACGGCCCAGUGCACCGCCCAGAUCUACGCCUUCCUCACCCACUACGGUGCAGAGAGGGAGCACAUCACCUGCGUAGGGCAUUCCCUGGGCGCCCACAUCUGCGGGAUGAUCAGCAAUCAUCUGACCCGGAAGCAGUACCGCAUCAUUGGAUUGGAUCCCGCCCGACCGCUAAUCGAGCGGAAGAAAAGUAAUACCUUCCGGUUGUCACACGACGAUGCCAGUGUCAUCCAGGUGAUCCACACCAAUGCAGGAUUUUUGGGUCAGGAGGAUAACACAGGACACCUCAACUACUGCGUCAAUGGAGGGCGUGUGCAGCCCUUCUGCAAGGGGAAUCGCAUUAGAAGAUCUCGUUGCUCCCACUUCUUGAGCAUUUGUUACCUGGCAACGGCCACGUUUAAGAACAAGAAAUUUAUGGGAGUUCCGUGCCCCAACGGAUGUGUGAACCUCACAGGACCACAGCGACUGCCAGUCAGCGGGAAUAUCAAUCCAUUUGAGUUUGCCUCCCUGCUAAGAGAAUACCACAUAGGCAACGAUGCCCCGGAUGACGCUCGUGGCUGCAUUUGCAUAGAUGUGCCGUAUGCCAAACAUUGCCCCUUCACGGACGCUUAGGAGCUGGUCUUUACUAGGUUAUAGCUGUAUUUUUCAGUUAUUGAUAAUAAAAUUUAAUGAAAAUACUA